UUUCACAAAUUCCCAAAGCAGAGGGAGAGACUCUCUCUCUCUCUCUCCCAAAUGCUUUCCUUUUAAUGGGAGACGAAGACGAAACCCUACUCUCCCCAAAUUAAGUAGCUACUCUCUCAGAUUAUGAAGCGUAUCAUCAGAAUCUCAUUCACCGACGCUGAAGCCACCGAUUCUUCAAGCGACGAAGAAGAAGAAGAGACGCAGAAGCGUGGUUCCCAAACUACUCGCCGCCGUGGGAAACGUCUCGUCAAGGAGAUCGUAAUCGACCCGGCCGAUACACUCGACGUCUGCAAGACACGGUUCAAAAUCAGAAUCCCGUCGGAAUUUCUCACGGCGGCGAAGGAGAGGAAGAAGUUUCGCGGAGUGAGGCAGAGGCCGUGGGGGAAAUGGGUGGCUGAGAUCAGAUGUGCUCGUAAAGGACGCCGCGACCGUCUCUGGCUUGGUACUUUCAACACCGCCGAGGAAGCUGCUCUUGCUUACGAUAACGCUGCGGUUCAGCUGAUUGGACCUCACGCGCCCACUAAUUUCGGAGUGUCUGACGUCGCUAGAGGCGCGUGAAGAAGGUCUCUCAUUGACUACGUAAGAUACGAUGGCUUUUUGUUGAGCUUCGUCUUUGUAAAAUUCAUCUUCGCCCUCUCGUGAUGUUUGUUGUGAUAUGAGAGGUCCUCUGUUUCUCACUCUCUGUAUAUAUUUUUGGCACUGUGGACGAAUUUGAAUAAUAAAAUUGAGACUAGUGAUGGUUUGGUAAAUUGGUUA